AUGGUUUCAGGAAGCCUGUCACCAUCUAGGAUUAGCACUGUUGGUGUAAGUGCAGCUACGUCGGGUGUGUCACCGACAUCCCCCACGGAGUCAAUCGUGGCUGAGGUUGGGCGAGAAUAUGGCAAAAUUGUCAUCAACAACGGCUACAGUGAAGACUUGGUAGUAAUGUCCAUUGGUGCCUGGCCGCUUGGCGGAAACAGGACCAAAAUUGACGACACAAGCCCAAUCGUUGCUCCGCAUAACGGCAGGUGGAACGCAUGGCGAGAAGACAUUCAACACGCAAUCGCAUCUGGGGCAAGCCAUAAAGAGCCCUUUCGUGUCACCUGUCCCAAUGUCGAGGGCGCAGAAGAAUACUGUGCAGACUAUGACAAACUGCGUAGCCAGGGUGUGUCACUCAAGAUUUUCACUGCUGCAAAUCCGAGUGAGGCUCUACAGUUUGAAUACGCGCUUGUGCAGAAUCCGCUGGACGAGCUACCUUACCACAAGCUCAACUACGAUGUCUCGCUUCUUGACUGCGCUGAUCCGCUUGACCAUGCCUCGCUCUAUGGCAUCGAUUUCAGCGCCGAGAAUCACCGUGAGAUUACGGAUCAGUCCAUGUCGGCCGAAGACAAGAAGCACAAAGCCGAUUUAUGUCCUGGAUACAAAGGUGGGCUCAAAGUGUCGUUCCAAGCAGAGGAUGGCUGCGACGGUGACGUUUGUGAGCCGAUCGACUGUAAUGGAGAGGAUUGGUGUAAGAUGUAUUUCUUUCAGCGAACGAGGGACGGAGAGCCGAGUUUGAGCUGUGGCGGAGAGUUCAGGGGAGAUGUGGUAUUGGAUCUUUGUGUGGCUAAUGCCGGUGCCAAUGUCAAUACUGAGGCUGGCAGCAAAUAG